AUAUUAUGAUGCUUCAAUUUAUGAACUUAGAAAAUAUGUGAAAAAUCUUAAAGAUGAACAAAAUGAAGAAAUUUUACAAGAUUUACUUCCUGAAAUCCAAAAAAUCAUUGAAGCCAAAGACUCAAUUGGUACCUCAACUGAUGGCUCAGCUGAAGGCUCGCCCUAUAAUCUCAUCACGAAAGAUUUAUCUAAAACUAAAGACUCAAUCAAAGACUCAACCUAA